UACAAGUCUGACUGCUGACUGCAGUAAAUCCUCCAUCAGUGUAGUUUAACUUGUGACAGACUGUUUUUACAGGCUUUGUUCUGCUCUUCAGUUUCUAGGUGUUAGAAAUUAAACAUGGGAGCCCGCGACCUGAACAUGAACCCCGACGCUGCAGUGUCACGACCUGCCGUCCGCUGCCGGAGUCCCUUCAACAGCAUCAAGUUCUUCGUGUUUUGCCACAGUUUGCUGCAGCUGGCGCAGCUGUUGGUGUCGGGCUACAUGAAGAGCUCCAUCUCCACCAUCGAGAGACGAUACGGCCUCUCCAGCCAGAAGUCUGGCCUCCUGGCUGCCUUCAACGAGGUGGGGAACACGGUCCUCAUUGUGUUUGUGAGUUUCCUCGGGAGUCGAGUCCACCGGCCGCGGUUCAUUGGCUGCGGCGCUCUGCUGGCCUGUCUGGCCUCGCUGCUGAUGGCGCUGCCGCACUUCCUGGGAGGACAGUACGACUACACCGACCGCAUCAGCUCCAACAGUGAUAACAGCUCCGGCCUCUGCCAAUCAGAGAGCAGCGCCACCAAGUCGUCGUCCAGUCAGAGCUGCAGCCAGCAGGAGAGUCCCGCCUCCCACGUCGUUUACCCCCUGCUGCUGAUGGGGCAGCUGCUGCUGGGUAUCGGAGCCGUCCCCAUCCAACCCUUCGGCAUCUCCUACAUCGAUGAUUACGCCAGCAGGAAGAACUCGCCGCUCUACCUCGGCAUCCUCCUCGCUGCCACCUCCAUCGGCCCGGCUCUAGGCUUCAUCACCGGAGCCUUCAUGCAACGCUUCUACGUCGACUUUAACAUAUUACCUAAAGAUGAGAUCAAGUUGGACCAUAAGGAUCUGCGCUGGGUGGGAGCUUGGUGGCUCGGCUUCCUGGUGGCGUCCUGCCUGCUCUUCCUCACCGCGCUGCCUUACCUCUUCUUCCCCAGAAAUAUGCCCAAAGAGGAUGCUGCAGACGAAGUGGAGUCCAAACCGGACUGUAAGCAGCAGACUGACACACCACAGCAACUCUCUCUGCUUCAGUUCCUCAAAAGUUUUCCUAGCAUCGCUCUGCGGACGCUGCGGAGUCCCAUCUACCUGCUGGUGGUUCUGGCGCAGGUGAACCUGGCAGCGCUGCUGGCCGGCCUCGCCACCUUCAUGGCCAAGUUCAUCGAGAGGCAGUUCACUCAGUCCAUCUCCUUUUCCACCAUGAUGAUCGGAGCAGUGAGCAUCCCGCUGGCCGUGCUGGGAACCGUCCUCGGAGGAGCUCUGAUGCGGAGGUUGAAUCUUUCGGUCAGCGGUGCCAGUAAGUUGUGCACCAUGGCCAUCCUGCUCUGCAUGAUGUCCGCUCUGCCGCUGCUGUUCAUCGGCUGCCCCACACAGAAGGUGGCUGGAGUCUUUCCUCCCGGCUCUAACGCGUCGUGCAGCACUGCCUGUCAUUGCUCUAAGGAGGCGUUUAAUCCGGUCUGUGGAUCAGACGGAGUGGAGUUCAGGUCUCCCUGCCACGCUGGAUGUAUCGGCAUGGAAACGGACGCUAACAACAAAAUCGUGAACUUCACUGAGUGUCGGUGCGUUGGCGGUUCUGGCGUCGCCUCUCCAGGAACCUGCGGUAGCGGCUGCUCCCACCUCCUCCUCCCCUUCAUGGUCAUGUUGGGUCUCACCAGCUUCAUCGCCUCCUUCUCUCAGACGCCGUCGUACAUCAUGAUACUCAGGACGGUGCCGGCGGAGGACAAGUCUUUCGCGGUUGGAGUUCAGUACAUGAUGUUCAGAGUGCUCGCGUUCAUGCCCGGCCCCGUGUUGUACGGCAGCGUCAUCGAUGGCACCUGCUUGACGUGGGGAAAGAAGUGCGGCAAAAACACAUCGUGCCUCUACUACAACCUGGACCUCUUCAGACGGAGGUUUCUGGGUCUGCAGGUGGUCUUCGUGUGCGGGGGUCUGCUCUGCUUCCUGUUGACGAUCCUGUUCCUGUACAGGAGGGGGUGGCGUGAGGACCAAACAGACGCAGGGAGCAAAGGAGGCUACGAGCUGGUGAACGGGCAGAAAAAAGGGGAGGCCAUUUCAGCUAAAGAAAAAGAAGCGAGGGGCAUCAAGACCUGAAGACAUGAAAGAAAGAAGAGAGAAAGAAAGAAGAGAGAGAGAAAGAAAGACGCAGAGAAAGAAAGAAGAGAGAAAGAAAGACGCAGGGCGGACGAACGAGGAGAUGAGAGACAUCACAGUGUGAUGAGUGUCAGCCGCUAUAAUGAGGCUAAGAAACCUUUUGAUAUAAUUUUUACAUCCAAAUACACACAACAUUUCCAGGGGGACCAUUGGUGUUUGUAUAUAAGCUGGUCCAUAUAUUGUGACAUAUAAGCUUUUUGUAUAUGAAGCAGUGAGCCUGAACAACAUCCUCCUCCACUUUUAACUGUUGUAUCUGAUGCUUAUGUGUAAUAAGCUACAGUUACUCUAAUUUCCACUAAAUGCUGCUCCAAUGAGUUUGGCUGUAUUGAUGUGAAUACAGUCAGGAUACUGUGAUCUGUGGAAGCCAUUUUAAUU